AUGAACUGCACGCGCAGCCUGACCGUCAACGCUUUCUCCGCCAAGCAGUCCGCUGCUCAACUCCUCAAGGCUCUCAACCACAAUGGAGUUAAGGUGACGACUCUGGCCCGGCCAGCUCUGCUCGGCCUCCAGAACCAAUCUUCGCUCCUCGUGACUCCUACCUCACGACCCUUCAGCACCACCCAGGCCUCUCGGAUGAAAGACUUCUUCCCUCAGCCUGAGACCGAAAACAUCCGUCAGACACCUCCAGCAUGGCCGCAUCCCGGCUUCACCAAAGAAUCCAUGGAACUGGUCGCCUUCAACCACCGUCAACCUCGCGACUGGCCUGACCGCAUCGCCUACACCAUGACCAAGAUCCUCCGCUUCGGCCUGGACCUCGCGACGGGCUACCGCAAGGACAAGGUGCCCACCGCACAUCAGUACAUGGUCCGCAAUGUCUUCCUCGAGAGCGUGGCAGGGGUCCCCGGCAUGGUCGCCGGGAUGCUCCGCCACAUGCACUCGAUGCGUCGAAUGAAGCGCGACAACGGCUGGAUGGAGACCCUCCUCGAAGAAUCCUACAACGAGCGCAUGCACCUCCUCACCUUCCUCAAAAUGGCCGAACCGGGCUGGUUCAUGCGGUUCAUGGUGCUCGCGACCCAGGGGGUCUUCUUCAACGCCUUCUUCAUCUCCUACCUGAUCGCGCCGAAGAUCUGCCACCGCUUCGUCGGCUACCUGGAGGAAGAAGCCGUGUACACGUACACGAAGGAGAUCGCCGCCCUGGACGCGGGGCAUCUGCCCGAGUGGGAGGGGAUCUCCGCGCCGGACAUCGCGGUCAAAUACUGGAACAUGCCCGAGGGCAACCGCAGCAUGCGCGAUCUGCUCCUGUACAUCCGCGCCGACGAAUCCAAGCAUCGCGAAGUCAACCAUACCCUGGGCAAUUUGGAUCAGAAGAACGACCCGAACCCGUACGUCAGCGAAUACAAGGACACGACGAAACCGCAUCCGAACAAGCGGCUGGAUGUGCAGAAGCCGGCGGGGUGGGAGAGGGACGAGGUCCUUUAG